GAAGUUUUUCACCGGAAAAGAGAGCACGUUGAUGGUCCAGCGGGAGUGAAGUUGGUAGGCUGCAGCUUCACAGAGAAAUGCAGAGUGCAGCAGGCAGCGCUCAUGAGGCCCAUCCUCUGUUUGGAGGAGCCCUGUCAGCUGUCAUCCCUCACAGCACCACAGACGUCAGCGAGCUGAGGGAAAUCCCGGACAAUCAGGAGGUGUUUGCCCACGCCCACACCGACCAGAGCCUGAUCGUCGAGCUGGUGGAGUACCAGGAACAGGUGGCAGACCAGGAUGCAGCCAAGUACCACUUUGAGGACAUCGCGGGCAGCAACAAAGCUCUGGAGCCCGGGGCUUUUGAAGUGACCAGUGUUGUGGCUCUGGCCAAAUCUGAGCUGUCCUUGUCAGAGUGCAGCUCUGCCUGGAUGCUGACUGGGACUCAGUGUGUGUCUAAGUUCAAUGAAGAAGCAAGGAAUACCGUGACCCUCCACCUGGGCCUGGUCCGUCUGCCGCAGUUCUCCACAGAUGUUCUCAUAAGCUUUAAUGACCCACAGAGUAUCAGCCCUGACAGCAGCAGUGCCUCUGCAGUGGGGACACACCAACAGCCCUGGACGGUGCAGGACUUUGAGCGCCUGUUACAGACUCUGACUCUGCAUGACCCUGGGCUGUUUGGGUAGAACAAGACCACUUUAUGAUGUGGUUGUACACAGUGGUCUCUCUCUCUCUGUGACACAUCAUCAUAGAAAAGCAUACUGGACAUACUUUUAUAUUUUUGGCAAUUCUGAGCUUGUUUUGUCUGUGUCUCAAGUGCUAUAUAACAUAUGAAUCAGGAGAAUCUACCCUUUUAUUUUUUUUAAUUCUCAUAAUCAGUUCAGUAAUUUAAUUUUUUUAGGAACAGCUAUGGGCAUGUCAUCAAUUGUUUUAGGGUUGAAAUAUAGUCAGGUGUGUGUUCUGUCCCCUGAUGUAUUUCAAGUCUCAACCCAAUAAAGUUUUGAGAAAGCAGCAGUCCUGCUUCUUCCCUGAAA